AUGAUCUACUUGUCAUUCUUCUUAAUUUUAUUGACGUCGCUCAUCCAUGCUUUACCUAUCACUACUAAUUCUAUCACAUCUCCAACCACAGCAACUAUAACCAGCACUCACUUUACGCCUAUCAUGCAAGAAGAAGAAGAAAUAGAUGACAAUUCAUGCUCUCUGACAAUAGAUUAUCCUAUUCAAAUCGAACAUUUUGCUCAACUUAUUGCCACUCACUGGCAAUUUGAUCAUUUGGAUACAAUCAUUACCAAGACCUAUCGAACCAUAGCAGAACAAUUCCAAAAGCACAUUCAAGUGUCAAGCACAUCUCCACCUGACUCUCAUCAACACACAUUUGCUUCACCCGAUAAUCUCAUGGACCUCGAAAUUCUUCACGCACAAAUAUUUGGGGCGAUCCAAGCACAUACGGAAGGAAAUCUACCGCUUGCAUGGGAUCGCUUAGCGGAUAAACUUGGAAGACCUGCACUUGAAAGUUACAUCCGAACCAAGACACUCGAGUACUGCAAGGUAGCACCCGACUUGGUUAGCAGCACCUGUUUACAACAGAAUGCAGUAAAACUAUCUUUAGAAAUGGAUGAAUACAUACGUGAUAACUUACGCGAAAUAUAUACAAUCUUGGAUACUGAGACGCUACCGGUUUUAUUAGAAAAGACCAGCAAAGAUUUGAUGAAGCUUCUAGAGUAUUUCAAUCGUACGUUUCUUUCCAGGGAUAAUCAGCGACUUGUCUUGGAUGUGAUACCUUGGAGUGAACGUCCUUUAUCCUUAACGUCACAACUCAUGCCAUCAUUUUCAAUGUAUCAUCAUGACGAUAACCAUAUAACUGAUUUCUUUAUAGAUUACGCCUGUCUAUCAAAAGCUUAA